AUGAACUACCUAAAGGGCGCGCCCAUGAUGACCAUGGACUUCAUUCGUCAAAUCCAAACCCAGAGUCCCCAAGAGCAAUUAAGCGCGUUUGAUAUGCUACAUUGUCUCAGGGAACACGAUCGACUAGAAAAAUCAGUUCUUAACAAGGUUGAGGACCUCCAGAGUAAGUUCAGGGGCGUUAACGGUAAGAAGAUGACGAAGAGCGAAGGAGACAAUCUGGAGACCAAGCGUCCGGAGUAUAUGGCCCAACUUGAGGAGCUCGCGAAAGCUAAGGCGGACAUCCUCCAAGUCGGCUGCAACCGCCUCGAGGACUCGUUUAAUAGAAACAAGGCAACCACGAAGACCACCAAGGUGCCGAAGCUCCGUUAUUCUGGCGCGCCACACCUGGUCUACAUGGGCGCGAAUAAAUGGGCGGAGCUGGCCAGUUGUGAAUGCAACGCCAAUGGAGUGAGCGUCACCGUCGACGGCGUUCGCUUCUUCAACUUCAUGAAAGGCAUCGAGGUUCAGGCGAUUAUGGACGGCACGAAGAAUGCGCUUAAGCUCGAGAAGAAGCCGUGCAAAGGGGCUGAAAAGCAUACGUACGUGGAAGAUCCUUCUAGAGAAGCCGAACGUGGUGAAGAUCAGCUCAAGGCGGGCUUGGGUAACUCCGUCCAUGGAAAGGUCGGCCAGGGCUCAACGACUGCCGGUUCCUUUACACGAAGUGCCGCGACGAAGUCGUCAGCCAUGGACGGCACUAAUGAAACUACGGGAACAGUCUCCGGAUGA